AUGCCCAUAGAACGGACGUUGGGCCUCUCACUCGACUACGGUAGCGACUCGUUCGUAGUGAGCGCAAGCAUUAAACUGGAUGAAGAGACGAAACGUGAAAUACUACGAGAAACGUCAAGCGUCUACGACCCAUUUGGUUUUCUCUCACCGGUGUUGCUACAAGCUAAACUCAUUCUGCAAGCUGUAUGCAGAAAAUCGGUUGGCUGGGACGAUCAACUAGACCAGACGACCAUCGAUGAGUGUCAAAAUUGGGCCAUCUCCCUCUCGAAGCUAAUCCCGCUUUCCGUCCCACGAUGUUUUUACCCAGAGCUACCAAAAGCACGAGGUGUGGGACUGCAUCUGUUUGCUGACGCCUCCGAAUCAGCGUUUGGUGCCAUUGCCUAUCUCCGUUUCGACAUCCCCGACGGCGUUAAAGUGUCAUUCGUUAUGGCCAAGGCAAGAGUAGCACCUAUCAAAUACGUUUCGAUACCCAGACUUGAGCUGUGUGCAGCAUUACUCGCCGCCCGCCUAGCAUCAGUGAUCAAGUCAGAACUUCGACUAAAAAUCGACCAAACCACAUUUUGGUCAGAUUCGACAACGGUUUGA